AAUACAGAUAAUAUUAUCCUCAUUACUAAACAGCGCGGAAACCAAAUAGUGUGCGUGUGGAGUGGUCUGGCACAAUGUGGGACAAAAUUGUGUUAUUUGUUACAAUAUGUAUGGUAACUUUGUUUGUGAGAAAAAUUAUAUCAGCAAAACCGAAUAAAAUUCAGUUUUAUUCCUAUUUCGCUUUUUUCUACGUAACAAGUUCUCUACUGGCAUGUGUAAUUUGGCCGUACUUCUUGUUGAGCCCGAAAAAUGUGAGAAAUGCAAAGUUAUCCGCCAAUAUACUAAAGCAUAUAACGAAGGUAUUAGACAUAAAGUGGGAACUCCGGAACGGAGAGAUCCUAACCGAAGACCGCGGAGCUGUGAUAGUUUCUAAUCAUCAGUCUGCUUUUGACAUCCUUGGCUUAUUCAAUGUGUGGGAGGUAGUAGGUAAAAUGACAGCUAUAGCCAAAAAAGAAAUAUUUUAUGUGUGGCCGUUUGGAUUAGCGGCAUACCUUGCCGGGGUGGUCUUCAUAGACCGCAGUAACGCAAAAAAAUCAUAUGACCAACUGAAGAUCACAUCCGACGUUAUGGUGAAUCAGAAGGUAAAAAUUUGGCUCUUCCCGGAAGGUACCAGAAACAAAGACUACACUAAAAUGCUACCAUUUAAGAAAGGUGCCUUUACAAUGGCGAUAUCUGCACAAGUACCUAUAAUUCCUGUUGUGUUCUCUCCGUAUUAUUUCAUAAAUAGGAAGAAAACUCUAUUUCAAAAAGGUCACAUAGUCAUGCAAUGUCUACAACCUGUUACAACCAAAGGCAUGACUUUAGACGACCUGCCCAGAUUAAUGGAGGAAGUGCGGAAUUCCAUGGAGGCCACUUAUGACCAGCUCGCUAUUGAGGUGUUGGGCAAUUUGCCGAAGAAUUACCAGCACACGACAGCGGGAUAACAAUGGCUUAAUCAGACGUAAUUCUACGUUCACUUCAGGUCUAUAAUAUAUGGUAGCACAAGAAAUUAUUCUACCUAAUGACUGUCCAAAUUGCAGGAAUGGGUCUCAGAGGACAAUUGAACACUAAUCGCCUUAACCCGCGUU